CAUAAACCACCCCCAAAAUCUUCCCAUUUUCAGUUGCCUGAGGUUAUCUCCGAGCAGAUACUGGCGAGAAGAAAAGAUGGCGACUUUCCUGAUACAGAGAGCUCUCAGUUCAGUCAAAGCCCCUAAAACCCUCUCCCGCCACCUUACUACCUCAGCUGCAGCCGUCACCGCCGCCGCCGCUACUCAGACCCCACCGGAGGCUGCCCCUUCCUCCCCUUUCACCUUCAACGAUGACGCCAACGACAAUAUAUGCAUCAGGUCUCCGAGGCCCCAAACGACGGCGUCCUCCUCCUACUCCUCCUCCGUGACCAUGCCGAUGUCGUUUAUGACGGGAUCGAUCGUGGGGAAGCGGUUCUACAAGCAGGUCACGACGAGGGAGUCCGACGACGGGAUCGGGUGGAGCGUGAUGCUCGAUUACAGAACCCUGAAAACCCCAUCUAAGAGGCCGCUGAAGCUUCCAACUUUGGGCCUUGCUAAGGCAAUUGCCGCUGAGUGGGAGUACCAGCAAACAGAUGGCAUUCGGCCCUUCACGAUGCCUCUUAUGAAACUCGCGUGUACGGCACUGGAGAGGGUUCCACUUACCAGGCCAAAGGUUAUCGAGCAUCUGAUGAAGAAGUUUAAUCAGGACUUGGUCUUCUGUCGUGCACCAGAUGACAAUGAUUUGACGAGCGACGUUCAUGAACGGCAGGUCGAGAAAAUCGAUCCAUUGCUUGAGUGGUUGAAUUCAGAAUUCGGCUUUAAGCCUGUCGUAUACUCGAGCUUUUUCGGUGGCAAGCAGGAGGAUGGGUUGGUAAAGGCCGUGGAAGACCUUUUGAAGAAAACAAAUGAUUGUGAAUUAGCUGCAAUAGAUGCGAUGGCUGCUGCAGCUCACUCUCUUGUCAUUGCGAUAGCUCUCUUUCGUGGGAGAUUGCAGAUUGAGGAGGCCAUUGAGUUGAUCAGACUUGAAGAAGACGUGCAGGUGGACAAGUGGGGCCUCGUUGAAGGGGGCCAUGAUAUUGAUAUUGCAGAUCUGAAGGUGCAGAUAUCAUCUGCUGUUGUAUUUCUUGGGCUUUCACGAAGGACUUAGUAUCGGUAUCUCUAUUACCCACAAUACUAUGAGGUAGUUUAUAAUCAAGGUUUUGCUGCUACUAUAGUAAUUUGAUUGAAUGAAGUCACUACAACCUGCAAGCUGCAGGUACUGUGAGUCUCGCCUUGUAUCUGACAAUCUUUAGACCUUUGCAAUAAUGCAUGUUGGAUGUUGGGUAACGAUACAUUUGCAUAAUGAGUGGUAUGUUGCAGUAGUAGUUUUUAAUAUACUUGACAAUUUAUAUACGUGCUUA